CGAUAGUUCCAUCACUGUUUAAGUUGUUCAAAUUUUAUAUACACAAACCACAGUACAACAGCAGUAGUGAAGUGUCGCGAGUGUCGAUUGUUUUUAGGAUACACGCGAAGUGAGGAUCACAGCGUGCGUAAGAAACCAUUCGAUGCACACCAUGGAGCAAUAUCUGCGAAGUCGCGAAAGCGGUUGGCAGCAACACAAUCGUCAUGCGGGCAACGAGAAUUUUCUGAUGCGCAGCAUUUACAGUUCCAUGGGCAUGUUCAACAGUUACCAUGCCAACUGCACGCCAAGCACAGCUGGACGCGAUACCGGUGCCAUCUUUAAUCUGGAGUAUAAUGCGGAUGGCAAUGUUGUCGUGGCGGCGACGCAACGCAAAUGUGUUUUGGUGUUCGAUGCAAUCACACAAGAGGAGAUCUUCAAGGUUCCUGACGCACACACGGACAGCGUGAAUUGCAUCAAAUUCUUCGACGAUCGCAAAUUUGCAACAGGUUCUGACGACUUUACGGUGGCCUUGUGGGAUCUGCGCAACAUGAAGCAAAAGUUGCGCGUGCUUCACGGUCAUUCCAAUUGGGUUAAGAACAUUGAGUAUUCGUCGAAAGAGAAACUGCUGGUGACCUCCGGUUUCGAUGGCAGUAUAUUCACCUGGGACAUCAAAUCACAAACGGAACAGGGCCUAAUAUCACAGCGUGUCUUCCAUGCCAGCGGUCUCAUGCGUUGUCGCAUCUCGCCAGCUGGUGAUAAACUUGUCUUGUGCACCAGCGGCGGUUAUAUUAUGAUCGUGCAUCAUCUGGACUUGACCACAUUGCACAAAGAUUUGUGCGGCUUUCGGCCUGGCAUUUACAGACUUAUGCAGUUGGGCGAACAAUUCAUUCCCCAGGCAGCCAAAUACGAUCAUGUGUUCUCCAAGCGACAGAAGAAGAAUCGCGUUGAACUGGUCACCGAUUUUCCGGAACAGAACGAUGCCGAAAUGAUAAUGGCACUGCAAAUUCAUCCGCAGUGCCGUUGCAUGCUCACACGCAACGUGAGCUGCGACGAGCAAAGCGAAUGGACCUGUAUCCACGACAUCAACGAGGAGCCCGAAGUCACGGAGGACGAGACUGGCGACGAGCCAACGAUUAAGCGCAAACGUCCCCUGCCACCGCCACGACCCAGCGAGAGUGAGCGGGGAGUGCAGCAGGGUUUCCAAAUAGCUCGUCCUCAACUGCGUCGCUAUAUGCGUGCGCAUCCGGCAAGGAUUGUGGCCACAUCGCCGCCAGCUGCGGGUGGUGCCACUGAUAACUUUAUACCCGACAUUUGGGCCGCCGAGGUGACGGUGCAAGAGCGUGCUAUACGUCAGAGUCGGGCACGGAACUCGGCGAAUCAUGUGAGUGGAUACAAUUUUGUGUAUGCCAUCAGCAGCGGUGUGCUGCCUUUGCGCUCGAAUGUGGGCAAUCGCCCCAACAGCGGCUCGGCACGUACACGAGCUGCUCAGACAGAGGCGUCAAAUGGCGAGUCGACAAGCGCCAGUCGCAGCAACAAUAACAGCAACGGGAGCAGCAGCAGUGACAGCAACAGCAGCACUAGCAACAACAGCAGCAGCAACGACAGCAACGAUGUCACCGAGAGCUUGGAGUUGGGACAACGCAUACCAAUGCGACCAUUGAGCAACACUUCAGCGGCAGCGAUCACAACUGCCAGUGAGAUGGGAUCUCAUGAGAUACUGGUGAAUGCAAGGAAGCUGCUUUACUAUGCCUCCGAGACGAAUAACAAACCGGGUUUCAUCAAGGAACCGGGAUUCUCAGCGGAUGGUCGCAUCAUUUGUUCGCCGUAUGCGAAUGGUGUGCGCUUGUUGGGCUAUCAGGCGGACUGCAGUGAUUAUCCCAAUGAUCAAAUGGUCGAUCAGAUCAAGGAUAAGCCACGUCAACUGGUCGAAUUGGCCAACAUCAUCGAGCACCAGGACGUGGUGCUAUGCGCCAAAUUCAGUCCACGCGAGCCGCUGCUUGUGACGGGUUGCAAUCAAGGCGAGGUCGCCUGGUACAGACCGUAUCUCUAAGCAAUGCUCUUGUUGUUCCCCAAAAACGUUGUACAUUGUUUAAAUUUCAGCUGCUAGAAAUGUAAUGGAUAAGAAAUUACGGAAGACCAGUUUAACAUACCAACACACUACCAACAGAAAAACACUCUCAAACACGACACAGCCACAGACACAUACUCAGUAAAUGCAGCAAGAAUGAUUAAAUUCAUAUCCUUAAUUUUUUUGUUUUUCUAUUUUCUUUUUUAUUUGUUGUGGUUUACAGUGAGGUUGCGUGUGGGCGCAUGACUGUUGCACAUGCUAUAUAUAUAUGCUACAUAGCUUUAAUUAUAUAUUUAAAUAUAAUUAGAAUUCAAUAUAAAAUUACAAAUAUCUUUACGUUAUCCACUAAUUUAACGGUGUAGUUAUACCCCCAUCAUUCUUUCGAAAUCGGGUUUUAAAAUAUAGUCGGGCUCUUUUUGCUGUCUCUCUAAUAAUAGUUACCAUAACCGCUCCACUGUCCAUAAUUAUAGUUGGCACCUCCAGUGCUGGCUGCACCACCUUGCGAUCCAUAGCCGCCCCAUUGAUUAUAGUACGAGUCGUAGGAUUGCUGUUGCUGCUGUUGUUGUUGUUGUUGCUGGGGUGCAUAGGCACCGCUAGCGCUUUGCUGACUGUAGUAGGCACUCGAGUUGGCCGAAUUAUAGUUGUAGCUGGCAUUGGCAGCCGCUGUGCCACCAUUGUUGUAGGCCGUAGUUGCUGCGGAGCCAGCAGAGGCGGCAGCGCCAUCCUUGCUGUUUGUUGACGCCUUUCUUGAUGGACUGCCAUCGCUAAAAGUUGAGAAUUAUUAGUUAAGAGUAUAUAUAAUAUAGAUCAGGGAUCGGAAUCAUGAGAAAUUAUAUUAAACAGAAUCGGAUAGGCUAAGAUUACAACUUGAUUUUUAGAGCUUUCUUCAAGGUUUAAUUAUAAGAAUUUGAAUAAAUCUUACUUUGAAGCAAAAAAUUGUUAUUUAAUGAUUUACGAUUCCUGUAUAAUACGGAUUAAAUAUAUACGCACCCCUUCUUCUGCGCCUCGUUGGCUUUGUUAAGCGCCUGCUGCAGGGCACGCUGCGCAUCCUGAAGUCCCUUGGCUGUGCUGCCAAAGUCCUCGAGAAACUCGACUUUG